UUCACUAAAACAAAUAAAUUAAAUAGAUAAAGAGAGUUCAAACUUUCUUCGUUCAUUAUCUCAUACCUAAAAUUCUCUUUUUUUCUUUAUGUAUAAGAGAGCGUAGAAGAUCAAAGUGAAGGGAGUUGCAAAUGCGUUUAGCUUUCGAGAGGCAAAACUGGCCGUCGAUUAAUUUGGUCAACUUGAUGGACGGCGGAGAUUCCAUCGUCAGCUCAGCUUCCAAGUCUGAAACAUGCAAGAGCCAUAAGGAAGCGGAGAGGAGACGCAGGCAGCGAAUUAACGCCCAUCUCUCUACUCUCCGCUCUCUGCUCCCCAACAUCACCAGGACGGACAAGGCUUCUUUGCUAGCGGGGGUGGUGCAUCGGGUAAAGGAGCUGCGUGAAAAGGCUGAUGACGUAGCGCGUAAGGAUGGAGAUAUUUGGUUCGGCGCCGGUGGUGGUGUUACUGGCUCGGAGCCUGAGCCUUGGCCGUUUCCAAGCGAGUCGGACGAGGCAAGUUUGAGCUACUGUGAGGGAGGAGAUUCAAAGCUGGUUAAGGCGACGGUGUGCUGUGAGGACAGACUGGGUCUGAACCGAGACAUGGCUCGGGCUAUCCGGUCUGUACGUGCCAGACCGGUUCGGGCCGAGAUGAUGACGGUUGGAGGGAGGAGUAAGAGCGUGGUUGUGAUGCAAUGUGGCGGUGGAGGUGGAGGUGGAGGUGAGGAGGAUAUUAGGGCCUUGAGACGGGCUUUGAAGGCCGUUGUGGAGAAUCGGGCUUCGGGUUCUGGACUGAACCAAUCGGUUUCUGGGAAUAAGCGGUCUCGGCUCUAUGGUUCUGUUAACGAGGGCGAUUAUGAACUUUUAUUAACUUAAAAUAAUAUAUAUAUUUAUAUAAUCAUUCUCGUUCUUAGAAGUUAGAAGAAUCCGAAAAUCACUUGCUCUAAAAAAUAAUAUACUUGAAAAAACAAUAGUAUACAAUUCAAGGAACGAUUGGUAAUUUGGUAAGCGUGAGACGGUAAGAGAAGUUAUUUUGUUUUUUAGCCUGAAAAUGAGCUGAAUUGUGUUGAAUUUGCUCGAUUGGAGAAAUGGGGACUUGGGUAUCCAACGGGUUGGAGCUUCGAUAUGUGUGAUUUCAACCUUAAUAUCAGUGUAAUGCCGUACAAAUAAUGCACUUUUUUUUUUUUUUUAAUUAAUAAGUUUGGUGAAUUGAAGUAUGUAAGUUUGACUAUUAGAUUCUCGGGUGUAUUGGGUUUAUGAAUUAUUUAAGUUAUAAUGAACUUAAAGUUUUUAUUUUGAAUUCUUUUUUUUUUUGGGCAAUCACAUAAUGCUUUGAAGAUCAGCAAAUAUUUAAUUUUUUUUUUCGA